AUGGGGUCAGUCUAUAAUGCUGAUGGCGAACCAAGUCCUUUGUCGUCGCCUUUGGGCCCCCUCUCCGAGUCGCCCGAUUUCGAGUCGGGCUUCCAGAAGCUCUCCUUGCAAACUGACCAAUCAAUGAGAAGCUCGGCCAAUAGCAUCUCGUCCGUGGGAUAUGACACUCUUUCGAGAUCCCCAUUAUUCGACAACGAGCAUGGACUGGGCCCAUCCGGGCUGGACCGCAUUCGCCAGCAGCCCUCGCGAGUCCUGACCCUACCGAACAUGUCCACUUCCUCACUGGCGCCUUCUACUUCGGGUCCGCGUCAUACUCCGACAAUGCGCUCGAACUCCUCGUCAAGAGCUCCCACCGGGCAUAUGCCGCUGAGCCAGAACUUUGGAGACCUGGAGGACCUUCACCGAUUUCCCUUGGAAUCAUUACACUCGUUUUCCUUUGCACAGCAAUCGGAGGAAUUACUGCAAACUCGACAGAAUAUCCUUAAGCGUUCCAUUGAUUUCAUGCGUGAUCGGAUGGGAUGGGCCGCCAGCAACCCAGCUAUCGUUAAUGCCCAGGCCAAUGCGACCGGAGAUUCGGAAAUCCAGAGUAUGGUGGACCUCUUAACCCGGGCCCAUGUCCUCGAUGAAGACCUUUCUAAGCAGUUCCAUGGACCCAUUACUGGACCAGCUGAGAUCAAUGGCGACAACAUCUUUGAGAAGACCUUUUCCGAGCACAGCACAUCGCCUGUGAGCUCCCGGGAUAUGGAAAGAGACACUUCACGACUCUCAAUUCCCUCUCUUCCAGGUUCGCAGGCCACAUCUGACAGCUCUCAGCUGCUAAGCCCCGUCAACGAGCGUAUCCCCUCAUCCAGGUCGGACUUGCUAUCGGCGCCCUCGUCUCAGGCGCCGCAACCAUACUCCUCCUCGGGGGACCCUAUCGGGUCACUGAGUUCGUCCACCACUGGAUUAGGCCUUCCCUCUGCGUUGCAUACCCACAGCAGUAAAUGGACACCACAUCCACAGGCCGUAUUUCGGACCGAAGCCCAAGCGCCAUGGACUAUCAUUGCAGCCAAUGACCUUUCUUGCCUUGUAUUUGGAGUGACCCAGUCGGAAGUCCGCCACCUCAGCAUCUUAGAAGUUGUACAGAAAGAACACCGGGGUUGGCUCGAAGCCAAGCUCCGUGAUCCUAGCACCGAUGCCGCUGCCCGUGCGCCCCUUCAACCGGAAAGGCCCAACAUCCGGGCGGUAAAUCCCAAGUUUCGGGGUCUGGGCAAUGGUGUAACCGCGCAGUUGCUCAAUAAACCUUCGUCCCGUGAAAAGGCCAGCCGUCGAGCACAGACCGACGAUGGAUACGGUUCAAGCACCAGGAAUGCUCGCAACCCUAAUCAUCCGGCGAACAAGUCGCGAGGUGUUCUCAUCUGCGGCGAUGUCGUUCCUAUACAAAAACGAGAUGGGGCGAAGGGUUCCGCAAGCGUGUGGGUGAUGGAGAAGCGUGGCGGGUUGAUCUGGGUUCUCGAGGAGAUCACGGAGAACAUCGCCAUUCUUCACUGUGAUCCGUCCUGGAAUGUUGUUGAUGCUCACGGAGACAUUGACAAGAUCUGGGGGCCCUCUGUCAUCCGCAAGGGCCAAGCCAUCACCGAGUUAUUGCCUCGUUUGCCCUCCGAGUCACUCGAAACAACACCGGAAAAAGGUCUCUCAAGAAUCAUCGAGACCAAGUAUUUUGCUGCGAAGACAGCUGCGGGCGUGUGUAUUCCAGUAGCAGUGGGUAAAGGGGAAAACGCGAAUACUUUACAGGUUUCCAGUUUUCCUCAUGUGGCGGGCAUGAUGGUUAUAUCCUCGGCGUCUCUGAACGUGAUCAGUUCGAAUUCUGUGUUCUCCUCCGCGCUGUUUGGUCAAGAGCGUCCUGAGGGACGUAAUAUCAAUGAGUUGAUACCCGAGUUUGACGAGUUCUUGGAUGUGUUGACGGAGGAGGACAACGUCCCCUUGGUCGAUGGCAUUGUGAUCCCCGAGCACAGUUUCCGUCGAGCGCGAACUUUGUCGAUUUUGCGAGAUGGGAAGGCUAACGCCGCCUCGGUAUUCACUGAGCCCAGCGGUCUAUUGGCUCGACACAGGGAUGGGUCCACUAUUGUGGUGGAUGUUCAGUUGCGAGUAGUGAAGAGCGGGACGUUUUUUUCAAAAGAGCAGGCCGAGAAGCUGGAAGGGCGAUCAAGUGACUCCGAGGACAGUGACGACACAGUGGCAGUGACUGAGCUUGUAUAUGCGCUUUGGGUGACUUAUUCACGCCAACUCCACGCAGCUGGUCCCGCCACUCUUUCCUCUUCCAUUCCAACCUCCAAGCCCAACUCCCCAUCCCCGGCUCCUGGCGGGGAUCCAGAUCUUACCUCUGCGGACGCGGUAGACACUCGUGGCUCCUCAGUCGAGAUCCAAGCACCCAGCUCCUCUCUCAGUCAGCAGCUGAGUGAAGCUGCCUCUGAGCCCCUCACCGAUAAACCCGCGCAGGCCAUGGCGGAAGUCAAGCCCGGAGAGGCGAAGGAGCCUCCGCAGAAGAGAACCAUCAACGACUAUGUGAUUAUGGAAGAAAUGGGCCAAGGUGCAUAUGGUCAGGUCAAGCUCGCACGUCUCAAGAAGACCCCCCCCGAAAAAGAUGGUCUUGAAAUUCACGUACUUGAUUUCCUGCGUCGCGACGGGUACAAACAUCCUAACAUCGUGGAGAUGGAGGGGUUCUUCGAGGACGAUAUCAACUAUUACAUUGAAAUGGUACCCCAUGGCCUGCCAGGAAUGGACCUCUUCGACUACAUUGAACUCCGCGCCAACAUGGAUGAGGCUGAGUGCCGCAAUAUCUUUAAACAGGUUGUCGAUGCCAUCCACCACCUUCAUACCAAGGCUCUGGUAGUGCACCGCGACAUCAAAGAUGAGAAUGUGGUUCUCGAUGGAGAGGGACGGAUCAAGUUGAUCGACUUCGGGAGUGCUGCUUACAUCCGGAACGGCCCAUUUGAUGUGUUUGUGGGAACUAUCGAUUACGCCGCCCCCGAAGUUCUCCAGGGCCGAUCAUACCGCGGCAAAGAGCAAGACAUCUGGGCCCUGGGUAUUCUGCUCUACACUAUUGUGUAUAAAGAGAACCCGUUCUACAACGUCGACGAAAUCCUCGACCACCCUAUCCGCAUCCCCUUCCUUCCCUUCUCCGAAGAAUGUAUCGACCUGAUCCGCAAGAUGCUCGACCGUGACGUCGACAGUCGCUUGACCAUCACUGAAGUCCUUGAGCACCCAUGGAUGAUAGCCGAGGUCGAGGAACAGGCUGGGCUAUGCUUUGAUGAAGGUGCAAGGUCCCACCCGAACGGGAUUCCCGGUCUCUGGUUU